AUGCGUUCAGCCAUCAUCAUUGCUGUCGGGGCCACCCUCGCUGCCGCUUCUAGCCCUGUCCAAAAGCGCGAUGCCAAAGAAUGUGCAUCACUCGCUCAAGACUUCCUCCCCAAGUUGACCGAUCUUCCCACCCCUGAGGGAUCGGUUCUAAGCUUCAUUGCCAGCAAGACUGAGCUCGCCACCUUCACCAACAGUUGCGAAUUCCCCCACGUCACCGGCACUAUGACCAAGGAGUACUCUUCCUACGUCGAAAAGCUCAGCUCUUGGUACAAGGACCAAGUUAGCGACGUUUCUGAACUCAUGGCGGCUUGUUCCGAUGUCCCUGAAGUCAAGUCGGAGCUUGACAAGCUAAAGGAAAACGGCGCUCUUUGCAGCGAACUUUCCUGGGCAAAGGAGACUGGCUCUGCUUCCAGCAGUUCCGACGACAAGAAGGACGAUGACAGCAAGAAGGAUGAGGACAAUGCCGCCGGUCUCAACACCAUGGCAGCCGGUGUCGUCGUUGCCGUCGCUGGCAUCGCUGGUGUCAUGAUGCUUUAA